AUGACACCCGCCAAGGACAGCAAACCUUCAGGAGCAAUGGAGCAGCAGUCUCCCAACAAGGCACAAAAGCGCAAGACAGAUUCACCCUCACGCCACGAGGAGUGUCCUGCCAUGGUUAUCAUCAAGAAGCGCAAGCACAGCGCCGGCCCGCCUGACCUGCAGACCACCGGGUCUGUGGCAGGCAACACGCGGAAGAGGCCGGCGACUGCCGUGGCGGUGUGUGAAUCUUGUCCCUCCGUCGUGAAGAGGCGCAAGAUUCCCUCACCGCCACAACACGAAGAACUUACCGCCGUGACUGAGAAGUGCAUGCACAGUAAUGACCGAGCAGCAGGCGACACCAGCGUAACGACGUCCAGCUGCAACAAGAAACGAUCCGCAUCUGAAUCUUCGCCUCGCUCCGCCAAGAGGCGCAAGAUUCCUUCUCAGUCACCAAAUGAACAAACUGCUGCCGUCAUUAAGAAACGCGAGAAUACAACUCAAGAAGCAGCAGGCGAGAACAGCGUAACCGUGUCUAACUACAACAAAAAACGAUCCGCAUCUGAAUCUUCGCCUCGCUUCGAAAAGAGGCGCAAGAUUCACCACACGCCAUCAACUUCAAAAGCCUCAGACCCAUUUCGCGUGGACCAGAACACUAAAACGAAGGAAACCAAGGGGCGACGCGAAAAGCCAACGAAACUUUCCGAGAAGAGGGAGAUAGCGCGGCUCCUUCACAAGCAAGGUGUUCGUCUCUUCAAGAAGAGUGAAGUCAGGGACAUCACCAGCCUGGGCACCAAGCUGUUGGGUUCGGGCAGCUACGGCUCGUGCCACCUCGCCGUCGAUCCCAACACGCGGCAGCCGCUUGUCAUCAAGAAGUUCCCGCGUGACGGACUCGACGAUCUCGCCACCGAGGCCACAAACCUGCACGCUCUGCGGCUUCCCGGCGUGCAGCGACUGGUGGGCGUGUGCGUCUCCAAGCGACAGAUGAUCACUGGCUUUGCCGGCACCACCUUGUCCAAGUACUUCCUGACCCGACCUUCCUUCGCCGACGCCAUCAGCGUCUUCCUGCAGAUCUCAAGAACACUACAGCAGAUGCUCGACAAAGGCUUUUCUCAUAACGACAUUAAGGGAGACAACAUCUGCGUUCAGGUGGAUAGUAACGCCCCUAAGGCGACCAUCAUUGAUCUCGGCCUCGCCCGGCGGGUCGGCACCACCGAGAUCUACGAGUACACGUCAGACACGGAGUCGUACCCCUGGCUGGCGCCGGAACUGCUCCUGCACACCCACCCGUGCGGCGAGGCCUCCGACGUGUACAGCGUGGCCCAGCUGCUGGAGGAGGAGCUGCUCUCCGGGAACACGCGAGUCCAGAGACAUCACAUGGCCGCCCUCACACGCUGGAUACUACGUGCCCAGAAACUCAAUCCACGUAAGCGCCCACGCCUCGCUGCGCUCAUCGACCUGCUGCAGCAGUUACACCAGGAGGCGACGCGGGACACGAAGGAGUGA